ACGUCCUUGACAUGAGAAAAAUAGACUUUCUCUUGAAAAAUGUUUUUGUGUUAAAAGUAAAGCUGAUUAAAGCCGAAAUGUAAACAAAAUUGCAUUCUCGUAAGAAAUAAACCUAUUAUAACCAUAAAUAGAGAACAACAAGUUUUGACCUAGCUCUGCAAAGUAAACACUUUUUAAAAAGAAAAAACAUUCUAGACAAACAUUGAAAGUAAACAUGGAACGUUAUGAAAGUGAUAUACGAGAGAGAGCGUAAAGCAACGCAUAAAAGAAAGCGGGAAAUUUAUACUUUGUAACAUCAUUGUGAAAGAUAUGAUUCUUUUUCUUUUAAUAUAUGGACUGACUCCAAACAAAAACAUGGCUACCACGACAGAAAUAACAGCCGGAAGAAACUUACAUGACCAUGUUAUUACUAAUGAAAACUGCUUAAAUUUUGAUGCAUCUAAAUCCACGUCUGAUCGUAAUAAAUGUGUCUGUCAAAGUUUUAUCAAAUGGACUUUUUUUACCGUAAAUGACAAGUUUCGUUGUUCUUCACGACAAGAAAUUGCACCAGAAUGUAAAAGUCGCCUAGGAAAUUUAGUCCCUUUAUUAAAGAAGCAAGGAAAGGCAUGGAUAGCAAAAGGUCAAUUAAUAUCGACCGGUAAAACGUAUUGCCAAACUGAUGUUCUUAUAUGGAAAAGCACACAGCAGGGAUGGCAAAUGAUCAAGGCGCAAGUCAAGAUAGCACCAACACCGAAGCCCCUAGGCCCACCACAUCGUUCUAGAACAUUUGCAGUUUCCAUUACACCCAAAUCUGACCAGUUAUUGGCCGGUGCUCUAUUGAAAGUUUUAGCGUCUUGUAACGUAAGAUACAAAGAUUGUCUGCUCUUGAAAGCUGAAGGAGAGUUCAAGUACAAAGUAAAGACGUUGCCCACGAAUGAUCCACCAUCUGCAACUACAAAUGAGUAUUCCAAGCAAUCAACGAAUGAGGAAAAUGAUGUUUACAUUCUCAUUGCCGUAUUAAGUGGGAUAAUUGUUGCCUUGAUUAUACUUUUUCUCAUUAUAGUAAAGUGCAGAUUAAAGAAGAUCAAGCAGGACAACGCCCAAGUCAAUUUCAACAGCGAAAAGCAAUCAAUUACCAUAACAAAUCAAAAUAAAAACAAUGAUAAGACUAACCCAACACAUGAUAUUCAGCACCAACAUGGGUUAAGUGCACGUCUAUAUGAUUAUCCGUAUGAGAAAGACUUUGGUCGAAAAAAGGAAAGGUAUGACUUAAAGGCUAUGACUGAUUCGGGAGACAAUAACUAUGAAGGUCUCGUCAUCAAGAACUGCUCGACAGAUUCGUAUACUGAACUACAGAGAGAAAAUACAUACACUGGGCUUACGAAUGAUUUUCAAUCAGACGAAUAUUGUAAUCUAGAAAAAGCGAGUUCAAAAGGAAACUACACUGGCUUUAGUAAAGACAUUACACCAAACUAUACAUCUAACGAAAAUACUGAAAGUACAUAUUCAGAACUAUCAACAGAAAAUACAAGAAGUGAAUAUACUACACUUGAAACAUCAAAUCACUUUCUUCCUAAAAACACAAAUACAGCUAGAGAAGAUUUAAUGGCAUUACCAAAACAGAAACACGUUUCACAAUUAAUAAACAAAAUAGAACGCAUCUGCAAUGCACGACUUUCUAUUAAUGACGAACCGGAAUACAUGGAGACUGAACCGGAAUAUUUCGAAACUGAGCCGGAGUGAUUUUGGGCACGGCAUGAAAGUAAUUUACACGAGCAUUCUUAUAAAAAAUUAUUUCUCAGCAUAAUACUGAAACUUCGGAAUACUGCGGAAUACUAUAAGUUCUUUUAUCACACUCAGCGCUUUUGUAAAUGCAUAUCUUCUAGAAAAUACUAUACAUCACAAAGGAUUAAUAUAUAGAUCUCUGUUAAAAGUAAAAGAUUUUUGUCCAUUUCUCAUUCACUAUAGGGUAGAAUAAAGAAUAUGCAUGUGUUCCCAGUGUGCGAUCUUUUUUAGGAAAGUAAUUGAUAAGUUCUUUAAUUAGUUCUUAGUCAUUUAGGUAUAUUUUGAAUGACCCGAAAAAACAUUCCAAAUUCCAAUGACAUUUUGUUAUGCUUACAUGAAGUUUUUUAUAUCGGUGUACUUUUUGAACAUUCAUAAAGUUUUAUUUUGGAUAAAUUGUGUUUUAGGCCGAAAUGAAAUUAAUACCGGAAUAUGCUUCAUUACUCCCAAAAUCAUGUGAACAUUUAUAAAUAAGAAACUCGAAUAAAAUUUGUAAUGGUUGUUUUCUUACUUCGUUAUUCUAGCAAUUUUGUAGAGCAUCCUAGAAAAAUCUAUGUAGGGAAACUUAAAAACGUUUCUACACUUGAGAUAUAUUAAUUUUGUUAUAGAAAGCAUGUAAUUGAUUGAUGACUAUUUUUGUCUCAUCCGUAUUAAUUAAUCCACUACUUUCAUUGAAAAUAAAUAUGUUUUAAUGUCGCGUUAAUUUGACAGUGCUACGUGUUCUGUCAGUU